AUGAAAUAUUUAUAUUCAUAUAUAUUUAUAUAUAUAUUAAUAUUUAUUGUUUUAAAUUUAUCACUAUCUUUUGGACAAACACAACAAGAUUUAUAUUAUACACAAUCAGAUACAGAUUUAAACCUUGUUCAAGGAGCAUUUGGAAUUAAAAAUUUGAUUAUUGGAUCAGAUAGUACAAGUAAUAUAACACUGCGUAUUGGUAUUGGUGUGACUGUUUAUGAAGAUUUAAUCUUGUUUGAUCAAUCACGUAGUAUUGUAAACUAUACAACCAAAGAUGAUAUCCUCACUGUUAAAGGUAAUAUGGAUAUAUCUGGUGAAUUUAGAUCAAUCAAUAAUGUAAUGGAAAUUGAAACAAAUACAAUCAAUAUUACAAAUAGUGGUCGGUUCAUUGUUGAAAAUGCUCAAAACUCAAACAUUCGUGCCGAUAUUUUAAAUGUUGGUCAAUUCACUUCAAAUGCUUCAAAUUCAAAUAUCAAUGGUUUAUUUAUAAAUUUAAAUCAAACUAUAUUAAUUGAUUCUGAUUUUAACCUAUACAAUUCUACGAUAUUAAAAUAUAAUUCAAGUUUUAUUAUAAAUUCAACAACUAUACAAAAUAUUGGAAAUAUGGAAUCAAAUGGAUUAAUAUUUAUAGAUUCUAAUAGUUUUAUAGUAAAUAAUGAACAAGGUUUAAUGAAAUUUAAUAAUAGUAUUAGAUUAAUCAACAAUGAUACUACAUCCUCCUCUUCCACUUCAUCAUUUAUAAAUAAUGGAAUCAUUGAAAUUAUUAGUGGUAGUUCAGAUGAAGAUUCAGAUGAUGAAGAUGAUGUAUUUAUUGAUGUACCAGUUAGAAAUAAUGGAGUAUUUAUGGUAUCUAAAAAUACUACAAUUCAUACACUUGUUCAACCACUUCAAGGUUCAUUGGUGGUAUCAAAUAAUGCAAGUGUCUCUUCAAAUCAAACAAUUAAUUUGGAUGGUCAAUUAAUGGGUAAUGGAACGAUUAGAGGUUCAGUUGAAAAUAAGGAAUUGUUGGUUGGUGAUGAAAAGAGUAUUAGUCAAUUGACCAUCGUUGGUAAUUAUAGUGAAAGUAAUGAUAGUCGUGAUAUUGGUACUGGUAGUAGAUUUUUAAUGACCAUCGUAUCAUUUAAUACAUCUGAUCAUUUAAAUGUUACAGAAACGGCAACAUUUGGUCAAAAUGGAACUAUAACAAUCAGAGUCAAUCAAAAUCUAAAAGAUCAAAUGAAUAUGACUGUAAUGACUCAUCAACAAAAAGUUGGUCAACCAAAAUCAAUUAAAAUUUUAACUUAUGAUCCCAAUAAUAAUAAUAAUAAUAACAAAGACAAUUCAAAUUGUCAUUCAUAUGAACAUGGAAACAACAAAUUAGUAGUACUUGUAAAUUAUAAUUGUCCAGAUGAAAAUGGUACAAAUGGAUCAUUGACAGGUGCACAAAUAGCAGGAAUUGUAGUUGGGUCAGUGGUUGGUGGUUUGAUGGUAGUGGCAGGUAUUUCUUAUUUCAUAUUUAAAAAAAUUAAAUAUACUUCAACUGGUCUAAAAUUAACAAAAACAAUGAGAAAUCUAAAAUAA